AUGAAGAGAGCGAUUACGUCUUCUUCCAUCACCAUUACGGACCCGCUGGUCAAGUACCAGAGUCUGUUGGCAACGGGGUUAUGUGCCCCGGACCCAGCGCAGCACCGUCUCGCAAUACAUCUGCAAAAGAUUUAUCUCCGACUCAAGGACUACUCACCGUCUGAGGAAUAUCGUACCAGAUUGCAGACGCUGCAGGACGCCCUGGACGAAUCGAGGCCAAAACGAGUCGAGGGUGCCAGAGAACUUGCCGUCGAAAGCCAUCCAAUUCGACGGAAUCCUUUCUUUGCGCGCUUCUUUGCCCGUAACGAGCCAACAAGGGAAGCUACUCUUGCCUUGACCCGCGUGCUACAAAGCCAUGAAGCAGCCAUCAGUAUCAAUUCGCCGCAGGGUUUGUUCUUGUCGGGCGAGGUUGGCACCGGCAAGAGCAUGUUGCUGGAUCUCUUGGCUGAUGGUCUGCCCACCAGCCGGAAGAAGAGAUGGCACUUCAACACCUUCAUGCUGUACACAUUAUCGCAAUUAGAAAGACACCGAAAAUCAAAUUCGCAAUUGGGCAGAGACGAGCAGUUUUCGUUACUGUGGCUGGCCAAGGACAUGGUUGAGAAAUCGCCAAUACUAUUCUUGGACGAAUUCCAGCUCCCGGAUAGAGCUGCGAGCAAAAUCCUCAGCAACCUAUUCAUCGCUUUCUUUCAACUAGGCGGCGUCCUCGUUGCUUCUUCCAACCGAAUGCCCGACGAUUUGGAAAAGGCCAGUGGUUUCGAGUACCGUCCACCAACUUCCGGCGGACUCCUCAGCAGGGCACUUGGACUUGGGCAAAAGAAGGGCAAGGGCGAGCUUUUCGGAUCGACAAGUGACUUUGCAAACUUUCUCGAAGUACUCAAAGCGAGAUGCGAGUUUUGGCAUAUAGAAGGGCGAAAGGAUUGGAGGAGACGGGAUGCCGAUGAGAUGCCCGAGCAACCCUCUACCAAUUCGCCUGCCGUAGCUUUUGGUAUAUCUGGUGCUGAUGGUACGACAGAUGUACUUGGUAGUGGUACAGAUAUCACUGAGACUGUGGGCUCGGCUAGAGGCAUCAAGACACCAUAUAAUUACAUUCUCAUUGGGCCGGAAAAUCACAAAGCAUGGGACCAGGCUUUGACGGCCGUCACGGGUACCUCACAGCCCGCUCCGUGGGCGCCAUCAUCGCUUGUCGUCUAUGGCCGUACUGUCAAUAUCCCCCAGCAGUGUCAAGGGAUCGUACAUUGGAACUUUGCGGACUUGGUCUCGGCAUAUGGUCCUGCCGAUUACAUUACCAUGGCCUCAACGUUUCAUACCUUCAUCAUUGAUCAGAUUCCAGUGCUCAGCAUACUCAAGAAGAAUGAAGCUCGUCGCCUCAUCACUCUCCUUGAUGCACUAUACGAGGCGCGGUGCAAGCUAGUGGUGCGAGCCGAGGCUGGUCCGGACGACCUCUUCUUUCCGGAGGCUAAAGCUUCUUCCGCUGGUAACACCCAAACACUAACCUCGAGCAAAAUGGGCGAAACUAUAGAUGCCGACGCCAUCCUGCCCGAGACAAUCGCCGAAGUCUAUCAGGACACCGUCUCGCCGUUCAGGCCCAACAUCUCGACUUAUUCAGAUCCGACCACGGAUCCGGCAAAUAGCGCAUACGACCCGGAUGUCGACUCGGACUUUGGCGUCGAGCAGAGAAGCCCACGACUCAAACCUGAUUUCAGCAACACAGGCGCCUUUACCGGAGAGGAUGAAAGAUUCGCGUACAAGCGGGCAGCAAGCCGCCUUUGGGAACUGUGCGGGUCUCGAUGGCAUUCACGAACCGGCCACUGGUGGAGUCCGCUGCCCGUAGAAGCUAGGCACUGGGAAGGCGGCAGUGCCACCAAGCCCUUGAGCGGCCUCUUUGAGAAGACGAAAGGGAGCGGUGACGUAUCUAUGGGCGACAGCAUUGAGCUAUCAGAUCCUGCAGGUCUUCAGGGGCUAAAGGUCGAGGAGUUGAGAAACACGGUACUAGGUGAUGGCAUGGCUCGCCGCAAUGAGAGAGAGCGAGCUGGUGACCGAUUUGCAAGGAGCCGAGGACAGACCAGUGAUGGGUAUGAAUAG